AUGACUGCAACAGCAACCGCGAAGACGACAGACCCACUACCGCUAGCACCCGCCCCAACACCCACAGCAGCAGCAGCAACAGCAGCAACUGCAGCAGCAGCAGCAGCAGCAGUCUCUGCGCAGUGCAGCAGCAGCAGCAGCGCAGCCGGCGGUGCCGGGACUCGCAGGGCGCAGCAUGCGCUGCGCAAAGUGA